AUGAAGUUUGCAUUGACAAUAUUGCCGCUUAUUGCAGCUACUCAAGCUCUUCAAUUACCAUUUGAAAUACCAUAUUUAAAUGAUGAAUUCAAAGCUAUGGUAAUUGAAGAAGAUACAUUCAAUGGUUUAUCAUUUCAAGACUCAAUGAAUUUACAUAAAGAAUGGAUAAGAAAUGAAUUAAAAUUUGGUAAAACAAAAUUAAUGAAAUAUUUUUUAAAUUUUAAAAAAUCAUUUGCUAAACCAAAAACUAAUUUAAAUUAUAAAUUAAAACAAUUAGAUUCAACUCCAGAACUUUUAGGUUUUGAUUCAGUUAAACAAAUAUCUGGAUAUUUUUCAAUUGAAGAAACAGAAAAAGAAUUUUUUUAUUGGUUUUUUGAAAGUAGAAAUGAUCCAAUUAAUGAUCCUUUAAUAUUAUGGUUAUCUGGUGGACCUGGUUGUUCAUCAAAUAUUGGAUUAGCAAUGGAAUUAGGACCAUCAAUGAUUAAUGCAACUAUUCAACCUGAUUUUAAUCCAUAUGCAUGGAAUUCAAAUGCUUCACUUUUAUUUUUAGAUCAACCAGCAAGUGUUGGAUUUUCAACAGUUGGUGAUCAAUCUGAAAUUCCUUUUACAACAGAACAAGCUUCAAUUGAUUUUGUUAAUUUUGUAAAAUUAUUUAGAGCGAAAUAUCCACAAUAUGCUAAAUUAGAUUUUCAUAUUGCAGGGGAAUCAUAUGCUGGUCAUUAUAUUCCAAAAUAUGCUGCUAGUGUUGUUGAUGCUAAUUUACCUUUAAAAUCAGUUUUAAUAGGUAAUGGUAUAACUGAUGCAGUUGUUCAAGCAAAGGAAACAGCAAAUAUGGGUUGUGGAAAAGGAGGAAUUGGAAAAAUUUAUACUGAUGAAGAAUGUUCAAGUUAUGAUGCUAAUUAUGAAAGAUUUUUACCCUAUGGAUUGUUAUGUUACGCUCAUCCAAACCCAUUAACUUGUUUCUUAUCAGCUUUAGCUUCACCCAAUGUUCCCGACAGUGGUGAUCGUAAUCCAUACGAUUCAAGAAUUAAAUGUGGUGAUUCUCCAUUAUGUUAUGAACAAAUGAAUUAUAUUGAUGAAUAUUUCAAUUUACCAUCAACUCAAAAAGCUUUGGGGGUUCAAAAACAUUUUACUCCUUGUGAUAGAGAUGUAGGUUUACAUUUCACUUCAAAUUUUGAUGUAAUGAGACCUUAUCAACAAUAUGUUACUCAAUUAUUAGAAAAACAAAUUCCAGUUUUAAUUUAUGCAGGUGAUAAAGAUUUAGUUUGUGAUUGGUUAGGUAAUUUAGCAUGGGUUAAUGUAUUAGAUUAUGAAGAUCAUGAUCAAUUUAAUAAGACUGAAUUUAUACCGUGGAUUACUUUGAAUGGUACAGAAGCAGGAGAAGUUAAAAAUUAUAAACAUUUUACUUUUUUAAGAGUUUAUGAAUCAGGUCAUAUGGUACCAAUGGAUCAACCUCAUAAUGCUUUAGAUAUGGUCAAUAGAUGGAUUAAUGGUGAUUUUUCAUUUCAAAAAAAGUUAAAUUAA